CCCAGGCUAGCAAGUUUGAGUCUUGAGCAUCACCUCCCACUGGCACCCGAAGAUCCAGGAGCUUCAGUCCACAACUAGGGUUUCAAUGGAUUCACCAAAGCAGCUGCACCCAGCCUGGGCCCCGGGAUCAUCUCAGAUGUUUCCUGAAGAGCACUCUCAGGAAGGUUCAGCAGCUGUUCAAACCAUGUCCGAAGUGUUAGUAAAGAACCUUAGCAAACUGACUCUAGACCCUAGUAUCAAACUCCCCUCCCCUCUACCAGAAUAUCCACCCCAGCAGCAGGAGAGAGAGAAGAAACCACAGGGGCUUGUUGACCGCAUCCUCAGCAACAACAGGAAGAGGAGUGGAGUGAGGACUCUGUUAACUGCUAGGAAAGAAAGGAUGGAGAGGAUGAUUCCGUUGAUUCAGUACCAGCGCUACGUUAACAAGCGGUCCAUGGUAGGUUCCAGUGAUCUAGACAGCGUUUCCCCAUGGGGGCGGGGGUGGGGGAGUGGAGGUGCACAAGCAAUUAAGAAUGAUGAGCAGCAGUCACUCAACUAUCCUGGUGAGCGCAGGGUGUGA